UCGAUUCUGACAAUACAAGUUGCCAGUUGUUAUAUAUAGACUUCUUAUUAAAUGGGUACUGACAACCUGUAGGUUGUUGUUGAUAAUAUUCUAAAGUUAUAAAUACCAUUUUAAAAACGACUCGAUACGAUUUUAUGCUGGUACCCCGCUACCAUGGUGGAAUUCAAUUUUCUAUUAGGUACCCGAAUUGGUUUAUUGGUAAUGAUGAAUACUGAAUUGGUGACCGCUACUUGUUAGUUGUUACUCGCCAGUCCACGAGUCCACCUGUGCUGCUCGCGGCCCGCAGUGCCAUCAUUAAGUUCUAAUCAGCGAUUGUCAUUUGUCAUUGCGGCAUUUAAUAUUUUUAUAAUAUCAGUGGCCUGUGGCGAUAGUUGUCUUGUCUACUAAUUACAUGCAUUUUAUUAGGUGUAAAUAUGGGUGAUUCAGACAUUUUGACCCCUCUCAUAAACAGUCAAGAGUCUUUGAGCAGCCAGGAUCAAAUAACUAAGCCGGAGAAUACAAAUGCAUGGGGACGUCUUUAUCCAGAGAACGAAAGUUUAAAAAUUGAAGACCUAGUGAAGGAUAAUUAUAACGCUGGUCGUCAAACUAAUGAUGUGGAUUUUCAAUUUACAAAACAAUGCUUUAGUUUAAAAGUUAUGAAUCAUAUUAGCAAGAUUCAUUUCAUAAUAAAUCGCGAAAAGAUUGGGACAUUAGGUUAUGUAGUAUUUAUUACAGACACAAGUGCAAAUGGUACAUUUUUGAAUGGUGAAAAAAUUGGAAAAGGCAAUCGUUGGAUUUUAUCGAAUAAUGACAAAAUUGCUGUUGUUUCUAAAGCGAAUCAUGUGUAUACAUUUACUGAUAAACGUUCGGACUAUUUAAAUUGUCAUCCAAAAGUUGGGGAACAAUUUGCUGUGUAUGGCAUAUUGGGUAGAGGAACUUUUGGUGAAGUCCGAUUGGCUUUUGAAAAAAAGACUUCAAAAUGCUUUGCAUUGAAAAAAGUGAACAGGGAGAGUUGUAUUGUGCUAAGAGAACCUGAUAUUUUAUCGAGCUUAUCUCAUCCAAAUAUUGUUAAUAUGGAGAAUUUCAUUGAUACUACUGAUGCAAUUUAUAUCACAUUGGAAUACAUGCCUGGAGGAACUUUAAAGCAACUAAUUGAAAAUACAAAACGUUUAAAAGAAUCUGAAUCCAAAAUAAUUUUGUAUCAAGUUGCUCGAGCUGUUCAAUAUUUACACAAUAGGUCAAUUGCUCAUAGAGAUCUAAAACCAGGAAACAUUUUACUUUCCAUUAAAUCUCCUAUAAGUGUUGUAAAAUUGGCUGAUUUUGGUUUAUCUAAGAAGAUAACUGAAAACACACAUUUAAAAACAUUUUGUGGUUCUUUAGCAUAUCUUGCGCCGGAAGUAUUUUCAAAUAGAAAAAAUGUUACUCAAUCAUACAUUAAAUAUACUAAUAAAGUAGAUUCAUGGAGUUUUGGUGUUAUUUUAUAUGAAUGUUUAAGUGGUUAUAAACCUUUUGCUGGUGAUUUUAUUGAAGAAAAGAUUUGUAAAGGAGUAUACAAUAUCACUAAGCUCAAAUUGUUUAACACUUCAAAUGGCGCACAAGAUGUGAUCAAGCAGUUAUUAACAAUUGAUUAUGAUAUGAGGUUUGAUUUCGAUAAAAUAUUGAAACACAUUUGGUUUGAUAAAGAUAUACUAAUGAAGGAAAAAGUUGGCAAACUUAUUGCUGAAUUUUCAAAUAGCUUAAAGCCAAGUAACAAAUUUUUGUCUAAUAAAGAAAAUGUUACAAAAAAAAUAAAGUUUUGUUCUUGUCUUACACAAGACACUUGUUCCGAAUCUGAACGUACCUGAAUAGAUUUAAAUAUGUAUUUAUAAAUUAUAAAAGAACUAUUUUUUUUUUCGUUUAUUAUAAUGAAUUAUUAUAUAUUAUUAUAUUAUACCAUUACUUAAUUAUGCUA